UAAUUGUGAGUCUAGUGCAGAACCUUGAAGCCAAGAGUCACUUCUUCAUGAAGUGCUUCUGGAUGGUUUCUACCAAGGUUCUCUGCAACAGCGAGUAAAUCCUUGGGUCCUUGAGUGGCUCAGACUGCUAAGACAGUCUGUUAUUAACAGCAGCUGCUUGCAAUUACUGCAGGUUCAAGUCCCACCAGGCCCAAGGUUGACUCAGCUUUCCAUCCUUUAUAAGGUUCACCUUUCUGAAAGCUACACAACCGCUCAUAUCUUGGUAGAGUGAUCAUUGGAAGAGAAGAGAAGAAGAGAAGAGAAGAGAAGAGAAGAGAAGAGAAGAGAAGAGAAGAGAAGGAAGGAAUAAAGGCCUGAAAAAAGGAGAAAUCUGAAAGAGGACCACAGGAAUUUUAAAAAAUAAUAACAACCUUAUAACUUGUAGCUGCUUUCCAAAGGAAAAGCCAAGGGCAAAGCCAAGAAAAUAAAUAAUUACAACUCAACGACAGCUUUCUAAAAUUAAAGGCUUCCCUUUAUAUAUUAAAAGAAGGAAAAGGGAUAAUGGAUGGGCAGUCUUCCUCUCAGCCACCAAGUCCGAAGACGGCGGUCUUGAUUGACCUGUGGCAUUUAGGGCCGGAGGCUUCCAAUCCAAGGCUCGUGUGUUGCUUAGCCAGCAUGCUCGAAAUCAUACGCAGGAAAGACCUCCGUGGGAUCCCAGUGGCAUGUUUCAUGUGUUGCCGGAGCCCCGGCCACGAAAGGAAGGGCGAAGAGCAGGUUGAGACAGCCUUAAAAGAUUUACAUUGCUGUGAGGUGAUAGGUGCCGAAACUUUUGCUGCGGCCUUAUACGCCGCGAAGGAGAAGCUGGACGAAAACGGCGUGGAAAAAGUUAUCCUCCUGUUGUCCUGGCAGAGAAAAUCCUUGGUGAGGAAGUAUACGGAGCAGCUCUUCACCAGCCUUUACCGGUUUGAGUUGAUAGAGCUGCCUGUGGACUCCAAAGAACGGCUCUUGAAGAAGAAAUCCUUGGAGUCCCAGCGCAAAGCAGGGCCUCGCGGAGAUCCCGAAAUGCAAAGGAUCCAGAAGGAAAUAAGCCAGUUUUUGGAAAGCCUUCCCAGCCUGAAAGGAGACCUCACGAUCCUCAAAUCUUCAUUGAUCCCAGAACAUAUUUUCCUGCAUGGAUUCACAACGAGAGCCGGAGGCAUCUCCUAUGUACCAACGCUGGGCUCUUUAAAUCUCUUUAGCAGUUCUAAGCGGCGAGACCCACCAGCUGUGGUUAAGGAAAACCUUCGACGAUUAUCCCAUGCUGCGGGAUUCAAUCCAGAUACGUAUCGCAGCAUCAAGGUCAACCACGCCAGCGACAUCUGGGUGAUGGGAAAACCCCAACCAGAGAGCUACGAUGGGAUCGUAACCAACCAAAGUGACAUCACCAUCGCCGCUCCCGGCGCAGACUGCAUUCCUAUUCUGUUUGCUGACCCGGUCAAGAAAGUUUGUGGAGCUGCCCAUUCAGGCUGGCAAGGCACCUUACUAGGGGUUUCUGUGGCCGUAGUUAAUGCUAUGGUAACAGAAUACGGUUCGGACGUAAAAGAUAUCCUCGUAGUUCUUGGACCAUCUGUGGGGCCGUGUUGCUUUACGCUACCCAAGCAAUCAGCAAAAGAGUUUUACAAGAUUGACCCAACCUGCGUAAGACGUUUUGAAUCACCCAAUCCAUAUGUUGAUAUUCGGAGAGCAACACGACUUCUCCUGGAAGCUGGAGGGAUCCUACCCAUGAACAUUCAAGAUGACUCCACAGCAGACGCGGAGCAAAACCUCACACUUUGCACAUCCUGUCAUCCUGACAUGUUCUACUCACAUGUUCGAGAUGGAGAAAACUUUGGCACUCAGAUUGGCUUCAUCUCUGUUAGAAACUGAGAGUACAUCCUAAACCGUGGGAACUAUGGAUGAAGUUUGAUGAACUUUCCUUAGUAGUAGAAAGAUCCUUGCGACAGUUAUAAGUUUCCCACCAAAUUUUUAAACUGUUUGCAACCAACGAUUUGGGUAUGGCUAGUGAAAAGAGGGAGUAGGGGAGACAUGUCAUCAGUAUUCUAAUAUUUGAGGGGUUGCCACAAAGAAGAGGGGGUCAAGCUAUUCUCCAAAGCACCUGAGGGCAGGGCAAGAAGCAAUGGGUGGAAACUGAUCAAGGAGAGAAGCAACUUAGAACUAAGGAGAAAUUUCCUGACAGUGAGGAUAAUUAACCAGUGGAACAGAAGUUGCCUUUAGAAGUUGAGGAUGCCUCGUCACUGGAGGUUUUUAAGAGAUUAGACAACCAUUUGAAAGAGUAUAUGGCCGUGGUGAAAUCCAAAUUGUUUAAUACCGGUUCUGUGGGCGUGGCUUGGCGGGCUUGGCAGGGGAAGGAUACUGCAAAAUCCCCACUCCUGGGGGAAGGAUAUUGCAAAAAUCUCCAUUCCCACCCCACUCUGGGGCCAGCCAGAGGUGGCAUUUUCCAGUUCUCCGAACUGCUCAAAAUUUCCACUAUCGGUUCUCCAGAACCUGUCAGAACCUGCUGGAUUUCACCCCUGUUAUAGGGUUUCCUGCUUGAGCAGGGUUUGGACUAGGUCUCUU